UCUGAAGCGGCCGUAGGCCCGUGACGCCACACAGGCCGUCGAGCGCUGCCGAGGCGGCGGAUAGGCCGAGCGGCGGAGAGCGGUUCUUGGGCGGCUGUUUCUCUCGCUCUCCUUUUUCCCGGCCGGGGAGAAGCGGAGCGGAGCGGGGGAACAUGGCCGGAUGCAGCACCUGCGCCGCCGCUGCGGCGCGACUCGUCAGCUCGUCGCUGCCGUCGGCGUGCCGAGGACAGAUCUAUGCCUAUCUACCCAGAAGAAUUUCAUGUGGCCGUUCCUGCUUCCCUGCUUUAGGAAUAAUUGGGACUUGUGAAACUCAGCCUCUAAGAAUUAUUCCUUUUAGAACUUUUUCUGAAACACCAGCAUACUUUGCUUCUAAAGAUGGUGCAAGUAAAGAUGGUUCGGGAGAUGGCAGUAAGAAAACUGCUGGGGAAGGCGGUGGUAAAAAGUCAAGUUCCGGAAGCUCAGGAAAAGGUGGAAGCCAGUUGCGAUGCCCAAAGUGCGGUGAUUUAUGCACACACGUGGAGACUUUCGUCUCUUCCACCCGCUUUGUGAAAUGUGAAAAAUGCCACCAUUUCUUCGUUGUGUUGUCAGAAGCCGACUCCAAGAAAAGCAUCCUUAAAGAGCCAGAGACAGCGGCAGAAGCUGUAAAAUUGGCCUUCCAACAGAAGCCACCACCUCCACCCAAGAAGAUUUAUAACUACCUCGACAAAUACGUUGUUGGUCAGUGUUUUGCAAAGAAGGUGCUUUCAGUUGCCGUGUACAAUCACUACAAGAGAAUCUACAACAACAUCCCUGCCAACCUGAGGCAACAAGCCGAAGUUGAGAAACAAGCUUCUCUGACUCCAAGAGAAUUAGAGAUAAGAAGACGGGAGGAUGAGUACAGAUUUACAAAACUUCUCCAGAUUGCUGGCAUUAGUCCGCACGGCAAUGCUUUAGGGGCAUCCAUGCAGCAGCAGGUGAAUCAACAGAUGCCUCCAGAAAAACGAGGUGGUGAAGUGUUAGAUUCUGCCCAUGAUGACAUCAAGCUCGAAAAAAGCAAUAUUCUGCUGCUUGGACCAACCGGCUCAGGUAAAACUCUGCUGGCCCAGACUUUGGCCAAGUGCCUGGAUGUCCCUUUUGCAAUCUGUGAUUGUACCACUUUGACUCAAGCUGGUUACGUCGGAGAAGAUAUUGAGUCUGUCAUUGCAAAGCUGCUGCAGGACGCAAAUUACAACGUAGAAAAGGCUCAGCAAGGCAUUGUUUUCCUGGAUGAAGUGGAUAAGAUUGGCAGCGUUCCAGGCAUUCACCAGUUACGGGAUGUGGGAGGAGAAGGGGUUCAACAAGGGUUGUUAAAAUUACUGGAAGGUACCAUUGUGAAUGUUCCAGAGAAGAAUUCCCGCAAAUUACGUGGUGAAACAGUGCAAGUUGAUACAACCAACAUCCUCUUCGUUGCUUCUGGUGCAUUUAAUGGUCUGGAUAGAAUCAUCAGCCGGAGGAAAAAUGAAAAGUAUCUCGGCUUCGGCGCCUCGUCAAAUCUGGGGAAAGGCAGAAGAGCCGCAGCUGCCGCCGAUUUAGCUAAUCUGAGCAGUGAGUCCAAUUCUGAGCAAGAGAUGGAAGAGAAAGACCGCUUGCUUCGGCACGUCGAAGCCCGGGAUCUGAUUGAAUUUGGCAUGAUCCCUGAAUUUGUGGGACGCUUACCGGUGGUCGUUCCCCUCCACAGCCUGGAUGAGAAAACUCUUGUGCGGAUACUUACAGAGCCCCGGAAUGCAGUCAUUCCCCAAUACCAGGCGUUAUUCAGCAUGGACAAGUGUGAAUUAAACGUCACGGAGGAUGCUUUAAAGGCAAUAGCCAGAUUGGCUCUGGACCGCAAGACGGGAGCUAGAGGCCUUCGAUCUAUAAUGGAAAAGUUACUGCUGGAACCCAUGUUCGAAGUACCCAACUCUGACAUAGUAUGUGUGGAGGUGGACAAGGAAGUUGUGGAAGGGAAGAAAGAACCAGGAUAUGUCAGGACUCCAACUAAAGAUUCCUCGGAGGAAGAGUACGACUCGGGAGUAGAAGAAGAAAGUUGGGCCCGCCAAGCAGAUGCCGCAAACCAUUAAACAGUCAGAAUGUUCUUCAGCAAAAGCACUCGGUGUGUCUGUCUUUGUUUGAGACCAUACGUGGCCCUGGCAGCCUGUUGCUAACAUUGGAUUCCUCCUGACUAUAGGACCCAUGGUUGAAAACUUUGGCCUCUCUCAUGGGAAAUCAGAUCAUGAGUUUCUGUAACAUCACACUGGGUCUGUUCAGUGGACACUUGGACUAAAAAUGAUAUAAUGUUGAGAAAGUGAAUUGUAUAUUAAGUUUUGUUCAAUUAAAAAAAAACCAUACAAAAACGUGCUUUUUAAAGUGGCUGAAGAGGGUAACGCAAAUACAUUUUCCCCUUUAAUCCCCAUUCCUAAGUCGUUCCCCCCCCCCCCCGUCCCAAUUAGAACCCUGUUCACUUCAGGACCUUAACAUAUACACAAAAUAUCUUAGGCAGCCUGCAGUCUUCCCUAAAACUAAGAUGAAGUGAUGUCAGCAAUUCCCCUCUGAGGUUAAACAACACGUUCACAAACUAUAGCUGCUACAAACAAACAAAACACUGAUCUUGUGGUUUAUCACUAUCAUAAAAAAAAGAUUUCGGUGGUCAUCGGGCAAAGGCAAAUUUUCUAAGAGCUGGUUAAUUUUGCUCAGUCUUAAGUUGAAAUGCAGUGCUGAUACCAGCAUUAUUUAGAUAAUAUUUUUGCAAAGUAACUGAAAAAUGGGGAAGGUAUUUUAUAUAUGAAUACACAAUUUUGAUUAUCUUGGUUUGAGGAUCAUUCAGUAUGGGUUAAUAGCUCUCCUAUUUUAAAUGCAGUGGGAGCUGGAGUUUCUUGUUAUGUUUAUUUUGGAAACCACCAUUAAAAAUGGGAUAUUGAAGCUUAAAAGGCUGUAUUUUCACCCACAAAUUUGUUGUCAAGCAGCCAGGUUGCUCUAGAGUAAACAGACUGUACAAUGCCAUAUUUUAGAGUAUUGCAGUCUGUUUUCCUAACAACAUAAUGCAAUGCAUUAAAUAAUUAUGUGUAAUACCAAAGGUUUUUAAUAUUUAAAUAUAUAUGUCACUUAGGAAAAAAAUAGAUGUGUUAUAAGAACAGGUGAAUAAAGGAGGUGCUGUACUCUUCAUAAGGAGAAUAAUGAUUUACAGAAACAGUCCAAUACAACAUUGAAAAUGUUACACCAAUUUUUUUUUAAUAUUGUACAUUAAUUGAACCUACUGAAACCAUCAAGCAUCAGUUUUUUGGUGCCAGAUAUUUUUCCCAGAUUACUUUACACCACAAAAAGACACCAGAACAUAACAAAAUUGUAUAUUUUUCAUGUGAUCAGUAGGCACUGUUUGCACAAAAUUCUUAUUUAAAUUAUAAGCUCAAAUGCCGAUACGGCAUCCUGUUACUUUUAAAUCUCUUGUUUUUCAGUUAACUUGAUCCUUUAAUAUUUGUAAAAACAUAGAAAAAGGACCGCUAAUGUUCUUGAUUCAUUUCUGAAAAUUAAAGUCUCUACCUACAAA